GUCCUUAUUGUUGCCUAACUCUUCAUCGUCAACGAAGGAGCAGCGUUAGAAAAGGAAUAAGAAUCUGGGCCAAGGACCACGUCGUAGACGUAACGUCGUCGACGUAACCCAGUCAAUUCUAUUUCUUUAGUUACUAUAUACGCUCAAGAAACGCCAGAACUUCUACGCUGACUUCCCUUCGCGAUGGAUCAGCAAAGGCUCGUCGAGCUGCUCCAGGCAUCUCAAAUUCCUGACACGCAGAAGGUUAAGGCCGCAACUGCUGAGCUCCGCAAGAACUUCUAUCCUCACCCGGAUUCCUUACUCGGCCUGCUUCAUGUCAUAGUUUCCCAUCCCGAAGCCACAGUUCGCAUGCUAGCUGCUGUCCAAGCUUUACGGCUCGUUCCCAAGCACUGGGAGAAGAUUGCCGACGACCAGAAGCCCGCUGUGCGCAACGAGCUCCUCCAAGCCAUCGUUCGAGAGCAAGACGCUAAGUGCCGUCAUGGCCAAUCCCGUAUUAUUGCUGCUAUCGCAACGCUUGAUUUCAACAAUGAGCAAUGGGGUGACCUACUGCCUGCCGUCAUGCAGUUGACUAAUUCCGACAAUGUUGCCCACCGUGAGGUCGGCUCCUACAUCAUAUUCAGCCUCUUAGAAGCGAACCCGGCCUACUUUGAAGAUCACCUCUCCACCCUGUUUGAGGUCUUCGCCAAGACUAUUCGAGAUCCCCAGAGUCGUGACGUGCGAGUCAAUACCAUGCAGUCUAUUAGCGCUUUACUGAUGCUGAUCGACUGCGACGACGAUGAACAAUCCGUCAAUAUCGUCCAGGGGUUCGUUCCUACCAUGGUCGACGUGCUCAAAGAUGCUGUUGACAGUGGUGAUGACGAGCGAAUACAGCAGUCGUUUGAAGUCUUCCAGUCCUUCUUGGCUUAUGACCCUGCUUUGAUAUCGCGUUACUUUAAAGACUUAGUCCAGUUCAUGCUUGACCUUGCCAUCAACACCAACGCUGAGGAUGACGUGAGGGUUCAAGCAAUUUCCUUCCUCGCGCAGUGUGUCAAAUACCGCCGGAUGAAGAUCCAAGGCAUCCCUGACAUGGGUUCACAGCUCAUGAAGAAGAGUUUGAUAAUCCUAUCCGAGUUAGCGGAUGAUGACGACGAUGAAGACACAACACCCGCCCGGACGGCCCUGUCUCUGAUAGAUCAGUUGGCUACAGACUUGCCGCCGAGACAGGUUAUCGUAUCGUUGCUUGACGAAUUUCCCGCCUAUGCCAACUCGCAAAAUCCGGGGCAACGCAAGGCUUGUGUACUCGCCCUGGGCACGUGUGCCGAAGGUGCGCCCGAGUUCGUGUCUACCCAGAUAGCGUCGGUCAUGCCUAUGGUCUUAAACCUCCUCAAGGAUCCCGUGCAAAGUGUUCGCCAUGCGGCUCUUCUGGGUCUCAUACGCUUGGGCGAGGAUCUAUCUGAUACCAUGUCUCCUCAUCAUGAUGGCAUCAUGACCGCUUUGGUAUUGAACUUGGAUGCAGCUAGCGGUGAUGAGUCUGAUAAGAAAAAUGUCGAGAUCAUUCGAUCCGUCUGUGGCGCCAUCGACUCUAUGGCUGAGGGGUUAGGAGCCGACAUCAUGGCUAAGUAUGGAGAGAGCAUGAUACAUCGUAUUGGAACGUUCUUAUUGCAUCCAGACCCCAAGGUCAAGUCUGCCGCAGCAGGUGCGCUUGGUGCCAUCGCCGUCUCUAUCAAGAGCGCAUUCAUUCCUUUUCUCAAGCAGACUAUGGAAGCCAUGUCUUCCUACAUCAUGGUGGAGAGUGGUGAGGAGGAGCUCGCGUUGAGAAGCUCAGUAUGUGACGCUAUGGGCCGCAUCGCUGUCGGUGUCGGUGCACAAGAGUUCAGCCCGUAUGUCUUGCCGUUGUUAGUGGCCAGCGAGAAGGCUCUUCACCUUGGUAAUCCACGCCUCCGAGAGACUACAUUCAUAUUAUGGAGCCAGCUGGCUACCGUAUACGAAGGGGACCUCGGUGAAUCCCUCGCGGGCAUCUUCAAGGGUUUAUUCGACAGCCUAGAACAAGAGGAAGAGGAAGUUGAGUUCGACCUCCCAGAAGAUCAAGAUGGCCUUGUCGACGAGGAGGUUGUCAUGCACAGCAAAAAGAAUAAGGUCAAAGGUGCCGGGGGUGCAGAUGACGAAGACGAGGAUUUUAUGGAUGAUGACGACGAUGACGACGAUUGGGACGACCUUGUCGGCGUUUCCGCACAAGCAUUUGAGAAAGAAAUUGCCUUAGAGGUGCUAGGCGAUGUCAUCUACGCCGCUAAAGAGAAGAGCACUCCCUACAUUGAAAAGGCUAUAGAGCUUGUAGCUCCCUUCGCUGAGCAUUCGUACGAGGGGUGCCGCAAGACUGCCAUUGGAACCCUUUGGCGAACCUAUGCUUGCGUAUGGGAAGUCAUGGAAAAGCAAACCGGUCGUAAGUGGGAACCUGGUUUUCCCCUUAAGCUGGAGCCGGUUGCCAACAUCGCCAAGCUUGGCGAGAUCGUAUCUACCGCUACGUUACAUAUCUGGCCCGAUGAGUCCGACCGGGACGCUGUCACGGAGAUCAACCGCAGUGUUGCUUCCACGCUGAAGACUUGUGGCCCGGCCAUAUUGGGACAGAAGGAUAUGAUGGAGCAGGUCGUGACCAUACUCGGUACCAUCAUUACCCGAUCGCACCCCUGCCAGCUAGAUCUCGGCGAGGAAGACGACCAGGAAGAGACCCAAGGGAGCUCCGAGUGGGAUUGGUUGGUAGUAGACACCGCUUUAGAUGUUUUGAUCGGUCUCGCCUGUGCCCUAGGCCCGCAGUUUGCCGAAGUCUGGAAGGUUUUUGAGAAGCCCAUCAUCAAACUCUUAAGUUCUAACGAGGCUAUUGAGCGAUCAACCGCUGUCGGUGUGGUAGCCGAAUGCGUCGCAUACAUGAGCAGUGGAGUGACACCUUAUACCUCAACAUUGUUACGCCCGUUACUGCAUCGUCUCUCCGAUGAGGAUAAAGAGACCAAAUCCAACGCGGCGUACGCAACCGGACAACUUAUUUACCAUUCAGAAGAUGCAAAGACGUACCUUCCUGCUUAUAACCAAAUCCUAGGGAAGUUAGAGCCCUUACUGCAGAUCAAGGACGCCCGGUUGCAAGACAACGCCGCUGGUUGCUUAUGUCGCAUGAUACUGGCCCAUCCCGACCAGGUUCCGAUUGCGGACGUACUGCCUGUUCUUGUUGACUUACUGCCUCUAAAGGAGGACUACGAGGAGAACAAGCCUGUUUAUCAGUGCCUGCACAAACUAUAUGUGCUCUCAAACCCAACGGUGCAAGAGCUGACGCCGAAGCUGCUAAAUGUCUUCCAGCAGGUCCUCGGACCACCGGAAGGGCAACUUGAACCAGAAACGAGAGAAGUGGUACAGGAUAUGGUACGCAUCCUGACCAAAUAAGACGGUUACACGAAACGGUUUUAAACGAGGGAAAGGUCUUCUGGAAAACGGAAAUGGAUAUGGUUGCAUGAAGUCAUGAGCGAAUGAAGGAUGGGAGAGAUGCGGUGGCUACCGUUGUUUGCACAUAGAUGAUUCCCCCUAAAUGAUUGUUUUUAAGUGUCCUACGAGAGACUACUAGUUGUAGCUACGCCUGCUAUAUCUGCUACGUUGUGUCAGUACGAAAUUCACAGCAGUGUACGAACUACAAACCAAUCUCUUAAGACGUGCUUGUUAUUAUGAGGAUUGCCAUGAAUUCAAGAUCGAGAAUUUCCAUCUCGGAA